AUGGAUGAAUCACCAUCGCAAACAACUCAAACAAAGAGUUCACCAAACCCUUUAAAGUUCAAAGAGCAUGUCAGAACAAUAGGAGCAGAGUUUAGGGAAACAGAAGGACCAAUACGAAGAUUAAUAAUACAUAAAGUAGUAUUGAACAACUUUAAGAGUUAUGGAGGAGUCACAACCAUAGGACCAUUUCACAAAAGAUUUACAUCAAUUGUAGGACCGAAUGGGUCAGGGAAAAGCAAUGUAAUAGAUGCAAUGUUAUUUGUAUUUGGGUUUAGAGCUAAACAAAUAAGAUUUGAUAAGCUGUCGGAGUUGAUCCAUAACUCAAAGUACUAUUUGAAUAAAAAUAACGGGAAACCCUUGCAAUCAAUGAAAGUCUCAAUACACUUUAUAGAAAUUCUAGAUUAUGACCCCGACGUCGAUGAUUAUGAAGUAAUAGAGGGGAGUGAAAUGGUUAUUUCCAGAGAAGUUUCUUCUGACAACACCUCCAAAUACAGGUUAAAUGGAACAGUUUGCACACAAAAACAAAUAUCAAACGCUUUGAAAAGUUUUGGAAUGGAUUUGUACAAUAAUAGAUUCUUGAUAUUACAAGGAGAAGUGGAACAGAUUUCUCAAAUGAAGCCGAAAGCCACUAAACCAGACGAGGAAGGGUUGCUUGAAUAUUUAGAGGAUAUUAUCGGAACAAAUCAGUACUUGGAACAAAUCAAUCAGGCCUUGGAGAAAUAUGAAGAGUUACAGGAGCAGUACCAGAUUCAUUUUAAUAGAACAAUGGUUACGCAAAAUGAAAUUCAGGAUAUGCUCCAGGGUAAGGAGGAAGCAGAAGAGUAUUUAUCAAAAGAAAAUUUGUACCAUAAAUAUAACUAUAUGUUGACCAAGCAUGAGUUGAUGGACUUACAAACAGAUAUGGACAAGUUGACAGAAGAAUUGAAUUCAAUUAAAGGAGAGUUAAAAUCCCACAAUGAAGGCAUUUCUACAGUAGUGGACCAAAAAAAUGAAAUUUCGAAGAACUUGAAAAAAUUGGAGACAGAGAUUAAUAAGUUUAGUACAAAGCACCGAGAAUACGGAGAAGAGUUCAAAAAGCUGUGCAAUAGAGACGAGGAUUUAAGAAUGCAAUUGCUACACGAAGUUAAAAAGGUCGAGGAAAAGACCAAGCUGAUCAAAACACUAACAUCAAAGAUCCCAGAACUAGAAAAACAAUCAAAAAAUAAAUUAGAAGAAUCAGACCAACUAAAGAAGAAGAUACCAAACCUUGAACAAGAAUUAGAAAGGGCAGAGAAGGAGUUUGAUGAGGUGAGAAAAUCCUUGGCGUCGGAAAGUGAAAAAUUGAUGCAAAAUUUGCAACUAUAUGAAAAGAACCUAGCACCAGUUCAGGAAAAAUACGAUAAAGUAAAAAAUGAAUUGGAGUCAAUAGAAACUAAUUUACAGCUUAUUGAGAAGACAACUGAAGAGGAGGAAACCCGUAAACUAACGCUAGAAACAGAUUUCAGUAGCACUCAAAUAACACUCCAAGCAAACAAGGAUAACCUUAAAAACAUAUCGGAAAAGAUUAACGAAUGCAGCCAAAAGUUACAGAGAAUAAUGACUGACCUUUCAUCACUGGAGAACAAGAUCACAGAAACCAACUCUAAACUAAUCAACACCAAAGUAUCGUAUGAAAGUAAACGUAACGAGGCUGGGCAGAACAAAUUCCACAACACAAUACACGAUUUCGUCAAAAAAUUAUCCAAAACAAAUAAAGGAAUUUACGGCACGUUCGGUGAUCUGGUUCGAGUCGAGGAUAAGUUCGAGAAAUCUUUCCUGGCGAUCUGUGGCCCUUUUUUGGAGUUUUUUGUGGUAGAGAAUCCAGAAGUGGGCACUAGGAUAUUUACUCAACUCAGGCAAAACAACCUCGGAAAGGUAUCCUGCAUAGCCUUGUCAGUUAUUUCAACCAAUCCCAACACUGACUCAGGCCAACAAUACGGAAAAUACGGCUAUCUAAGCAAGUAUGUGUUCCCAAACCAAAAGGAUGAAAAUUAUGAAAAGAUAGUGAAGUGCAUUAACUAUUACACUAGGGAUGUUUUGGUGGUUCAAAACCUAGAUGAGGCAGACGAGGUUUCGAGAAAAACGAAUAAGAGAGUGGUCACAAUUGAGGGGGAAGUCAUAGAAAAAGACGGUCGUAUAACUGGGGGAGGGUUAGAAAAAACUUUAAAAAAGUUCAAACAAAGUAAAAAGGGGCCUAGUUCUGAGCAAAGUGACGACAUCAACGCCAUAUUCCACAAGAUGGAGUCUUACGAAAUGGAGUUAAAGGCUCUUAAAGAAAGGCACUCUGGGCUUUCAAUGGAGAAGGAUAAGAACGAACUUCAUUUAAGGGAAUUAAACUUCACCCUAGACGCCACUAAAAGGAAGAUCAGUUCAGACGAGAGUUACCUGAAGGAUUUAGAAUCUUCUCUUAAAUCGCUUAAGAGUACAAUUCAAGACCAGGAUAACGAAAAUCAGAUAAAACAACUAAAGAAGAGUCUCCGAGAAACACAGAAUAGAAAAGAGUCAACUUACGAAGAACUGGUAAAAAAGCAGAAUGAAGUGGAUAAAUGCCUGAAGGAAUUAGAAAAUGUAGGAGGAGGUUCAUUGACAGCUUCCAAGUCAAAGGUUUCAGCCUGUGAAAAAAACUUGUCGAAACUCAGAAAACAAAUUGAAGAUUCCAGAGAGCAAUAUGCAGUUUUGGCUGGAGAAUCCCAAAAGUAUUCGAGAGAUUUAACAAGGCUCGACUCUGACAUUCAGCAGCACAAAACUAGAGAAAAAAACCUCGAGAACCAACUUGACCAGCUCGAGGAAGAAGCUUCCAAAAUAAACGAAUGUCUUAUUGAAGUAAACAACAAGUUAAAUGAGCUAAAGUCGAGUCACAACGAGCUUACUGAGUCGAUGAAGAAAAUGGCCGCCCAAAUUAAAGAGCAUGAUAUUCUCGUGAUUGAUCUCAGGCAUAAGCAGGAAAACUGUGAAAAGUCCCUAUCUCUAUUGAAGAACACACAGAAGCAGAAGAAUGAAAAGAUGAACGAAUCUAAGAAACUCUUCUAUAAUUCCCUAAAAUCAUUAAAGACAAGUACCAGAUCCACUGAAUUGUACAUUAGCACGAUGAAAUUGGACACUUUAUCCAUACACAGCAAUAGGUGCUCUAAAACUGACGAUGAUCUUGUUCCAAAAGAUUCAAAUUUAAACCAUUCUGAAUCCUCUGAACUAAAUGGUCAAACUGAAUUAAAUGACCUAAACAGGACAACUGAAUCGUCUGAACUCAACGGAGAAGCUGAAUUAAAUGGAGUAAAUGGAAUUAAUGGAAUUUCUGAAGGUAAGGAUUUGGUGAAGAACGAGAAAGUGGAUGAUAUAGAAGACCUAAUUGAAGAUGUUGGAGUGCUGAAUAAGAAGGUACAAUCACUGAAAGUUCAACUAAACACGGUGCCCAAUUUGUCAAUAAUUGACUCUUUUGUUGAAAAGGUGAACGACUUUUCCAAUAAGAAGAAAAAUCUGCUAGAUAUUCAGAACCAGAGAGAUGAAGCGAAACUGUUGCACGAAAACCUAUCCUUUAAAAGGAAGUCUGAAUUUCUGUUCAACUUUGAAAUCAUAGCCAACAAACUAAAGGAAAUAUACCAGAUGAUUACACUUGGAGGUGAUGCUGAAUUAGAGCUGGUCGAUUCUACAGAACCCUUUACAGAAGGAGUCCUGUUCUCAGUCAGGCCAGUAAAGAAAAGUUGGAAGCAAAUUUAUAACUUAUCAGGAGGAGAGAAAACGCUAAGUUCACUUGCUCUAGUAUUUGCGCUUCACCACUACAAACCAAACCCUGUGUAUUUUAUGGACGAGAUCGACGCAGCCCUGGACUUCAGAAACGUCUCAAUCAUAGCCCAAAGCAUUAAGGAGAGGACUAAGGACGCACAGUUCAUUAUCAUCUCACUGAGAAACCAAAUGUUUGAAAUGUGUAACAAAAUGGUGGGAAUCUACAAAACUUUCGAUGUUACCAAGUCCAUAGCAAUUAACCCACAAACACUUACCAACCAGUAUACCGAGGAAAACUCUCAAUCAUAA